CGACAGCCGCCGAGAAGUUUAAAAAGGUGAAAAGCGAGAAAGACGAAGAAGCUAACCGAGGUUGGGGCGAGCGACGACGACAAAAGAUGUCGGCGCUUUUCUUCCGUUUUAAAUCCCCCCACUGAGAGAUACUUUUCUUCCUCCACUUUGUCACCAUGCCGCUGAAAUAAACCUUCUCCAAAGCCCUUUUGGACACACGACAAAGAGGAGUGGUGGCCCUCCCCGGAGGAACAAUGACUAUGGAGCUCCCACGGCCAGCGGCUCUUUAAACACAACAAGGACAUUUUUUUUUUCUCCAUUAAAGUGAUGAAAUAAUCCAUGAAUUUUGGAGAAAGAAGAAACUGCCUGUUUGUGGCCCAGACGCAGUUUCCAUGGAGGCAGGCUCGUCCCUCAGUCUCAAACGACGAUACGAAGAGGUGGACAACGUCUCUCCCUUCUCUACGCCCAAGGACUCUGACGAUGACAUCUCCAGCAGCGACAGCGCCGACAGCUGCGACAGCCUCAACGCCUCCUCCAGGACCGAAUUCACCCCGACCUCCAUCCUCAGGCGACACAAGCCGUCGCCGGGAGGCAAGCGGGUGCGUUUCGACGCGGUGACGGUGUACUACUUCCCCCGGCGGCAGGGCUUCACCAGCGUGCCCAGCCAGGGGGGCAGCUCGCUGGGCAUGGACCACCGCCACUCCUCCAUCCGCCGCUACACGCUUGGCGAGUUUGCCCGGGAGCAGGAGAGCAGCCAUCGACACGCCUUACGCCAGCACCUGCGCCAGGAGAAGCUCAACGCGCGCAAGAUGAAGCUGACCAGCAACGGCACGGUGGAGUGCGUCCAGGCCGACAUGCUGACCUUGGACGACGUGUCGGACGAGGACUUGGACAUGGACGCCGUGGAGGUGGACGACUGCUUCUUCCUGCAGCCGCUGCCCACCAAGCGGCGCAGGGCCCUGCUGCGGGCGUCCGGCGUCGCCCGCAUCGACGCCCGGGAGAAAACGGAGCUGCGGGCCAUCCGCCUGUCGCGGGAGGAGUGCGGCUGCGACUGCCGCCUGUACUGCGACCCUCGACACUGCGGCUGCAGCCAGGCCGGGAUCAAAUGCCAGGUGGACAGAAUGUCCUUCCCGUGCGGAUGCACCAGGGACGGCUGCGGCAACAUGGCGGGCCGCGUGGAGUUCAACCCCCUGCGUGUGCGCACGCACUACCUGCACACCGUCAUGAAGCUGGACCUGGAGAAGAGGACCGUGCUGCUGCCACUCCCCGCCGGGUCUUACGCCGAGUCCGACCCGGCCUUCGCCCCGGCUUGCCUCUCGUCCCCGGAGGCGGAGAAGGAGGAGGACGUCCUGGAGCGAGAGAACGAGACCGCCGUGUUGCACCUGCAGAGCGCCGAGGAGCAGGAGAGGCUGGAGAGGGAGGUGCAGGCGGGGAGCCUGGGGGCGGAGCUCCCCGGGCAUGGGGAGGAGCCACAGGUGGAGGAGGUUCUGCUGCAAGGCCCCUUCCCCGCCGUGCUGUGCAUCAACCAGGAGGCGGAGGAGGGGAACCCUGCUGAUGUUCUCACAGACUCCGCCCCUCUCCUCUACUACCAGCUCAGCUCCAUAGAACCCGCCGCCUUCGAGACCCCCGCCGCCAGUGCGCCGCUCGAAGGCGACGAAUCAAAGGAAGCGGCGACGCCCUCCGCCGACCGACUUCCCGCCGACCAUUAAGUCCCAGCUUGUCUGCGCACGUUUUGCACAAAAACCGCUUCCAAGAAGUAAAAAAGUUUCACCGUGCUCGCUCGUGGCCGAAGCAUCUUGAGUGAACUCCCUGCAAAAAAAACAAACAAAAAAAAAAAAUGCACAGGAGGAAGAACUGCUAGCAAAGCAAAAAAAGCGACGUAGCGAAAACUUUAGUCAAGCCAAAUGACGGCGAAAACUGACCUAAUAAUCCUGGAAAUACUUGUUCUCCUGUACUGUAACAGCCGUCUGCUUCAAUGUCUCACUACAGUAGAUCCCCGACUACUCGCCGCUGUAAAUAUCCAUCCAUUUUAUACCGCUUGUCCCUUUCGGGGUGGCGGGUGGGGGUGCUGGAGCCUAUAUCAGCUGCAUUCGGGCGGAAGGCGGUGUACACCCUGGACAAGUCGCCACUUCCUCGCAGUGCCAACACAAACAUUCACACUCCAUCCAUCCAUCUUCCUCCGCUUAUCCGAGGUCGGGUCGCGGGGGCCGCAGCCUAAGCAGGGAAGCCCAGACUUCCCUCUCCCCAGCCACUUAGUCCAGCUCCUCCCAGCCGGGAGACAUAGUCUUCCCAACGUGUCCUGGGUCUUCCCCGUGGCCUCGUCCCGAGGGAGGCGUUCAGGUGGCAUCCUGACCAGAUGCCCGAACCACCUCAUCUGGCUCCUCUCCAUGUGGAGGAGCAGCGGAUUUACUCUGAGUUCCUCCCGGAUGACAGAGCUUCUCACCCUAUCUCUAAGGGAGAGACCCGCCACCCGGCGGAGGAAACUCAUUUGGGCCGCUUGUACCCGUGAUCUUGUCCUUUCGGUCAUGACCCAAAGCUCAUGACCAUAGGUUUAGUUUAGUCUUUAUUUGAAGGGACAAUGCACAGAAACAUUAAGCUCAAAGACAGAUAAGUUCUGUACCAGAUUAUAGCUCAUUUCCACCUGCAGUCCCUGGCUAACUAAAUUAAAGGGAUACAAAAAUCCUGCAAUAAAAUUAUGACACUAAAACAUACUUGCCAACCCUCCCGAAUUUUCCGGGAGACUCCCGAAAUUCAGCGCCUCUCCCGAAAACCUCCCGGGACAAAUAUUCUCCCGAAAAUCUCCCGAUUUUCAGCCGAGGCUGGAGGCCACGCCCCCUCCAGCUCCAUGCGGACCUGAGUGAGGACAGCCUUUUUUUCACGAAGGGAGGACAACAGGGUGACAAGAAAUAAAUCAUCCAGACUAGAGAUAAAUUGUAUUAUUAUGUUUAUCUUACCUAAAAAUAAAUAUAUUUAUUAAUAAAAAUGAAAAAAAAACUAAAUACAUUUUUACUAUAUUUUGCUAAAAACAUCAAAAUUAAUUGUAUUUUUAUUUGUAUUUUUUUCUGACUCCUUGUUACAUCCAGCCAUAGAAUUAUACAUUAAAAUAAACAUAUUUGAAAUAAUUAAUUUAAUUUUAAAUUAUCAUAAUAAUUCAUUUAAAAUGACCAUAUUUAAUUAUUAAAAUAAUUGCUUGUUCAUCAACAACUUUAGCAUUUUAUUCAUUACAUUUUGAAGCUCUCA